UGGAGGAAACGGAUAUUUUUAGAAUAAAAUCCUGGGUGAGGCGAUGUCUUCAACAUUUCACAUGAAUAAUGGCCUAAACGUGUCUCCAGGAAAGAUCUUCAGGUUCAUUCACAGGAAGAUGAAAACGUUAACAUGGGAGAUAAGGACUGUGGUUGUUUGUUGAAUGAUGGCGAGAUGGCUGCCAUUUCUCAGAGGUGAAUUAGGGGUGUAAAAUGUGGUCAUAAAAGUUUUUUUUUGAAACGGGAAAGAGCGACACUGUGACUGGAGCGCUUUUCCAGAUGGAGACAGACCUGAAGCUGGAGUCAAGUUUGUGGGUCGGGAAAAAAAGAUACCGGGCAGUCCUGACAGGCUGGCAUUUCAACUGGACCGAGGUAGAUAAGAAGAAUCGCGACAAGAAAACAGUUUCAGUACCUGUGGCAGAGGUGGUUGGAGUGGAGGAGGGCCGGGUGGAGAUCCUGCCCCAGAAGUCAGUUGAAGACACAGAUAAAGAUUUCACAGUUUUCUAUGUAAAGCGCACCAGCAGUGGGGGCUCUUACGGGUUACUAUGGAGACUGGGCCGGACCCAGUUCAGCUGCCCCAGUCGGGUCCUCAGAGACCAGUGGACGAAACACCUAAGAACUGCUCUCAAAACUCACAGUCCGUUGCGUCCGCACAGGCUGCUGGUGUUUAUCAACCCAUUUGGAGGGAAGAAGAAAGGAAGAAAGAUCUACCAUUCUCUGGUUGCCCCUCUGUUUGAGCUGGCUGGUAUCAGCUCUCAUGUGAUAGUGACUGCAUGUGCAAACCAGGCCAGAGACCACCUCCUGAAGAAAGACCUGACAGGCUUUGACGGUGUGGUCUGUGUGGGCGGGGAUGGCAUGUUCAGCGAAAUACUUCACGGUUUGAUUGGGCGGACACAACAAGAGGCAGGCCUUUGUGAGAACGAUCCCGCUGUCACGUUACAGCCUUGUCCCCUUCAUAUUGGCAUCAUCCCUGCAGGUUCUACAGACUGUGUGUGUUACGCCACAGUAGGAGUGAUUGACCCUGUUACUUCAGCUUUGCACAUAAUCGUUGGAGAUUCUCAGCCUUUGGACGUGUGUUCAGUCCAUCAAGCUUCUGCUCUGGUACGCUACUCUGUGUCUCUGUUGGGCUAUGGCUUCUAUGGGGACGUACUGGCUGAGAGUGAAAAACACCGCUGGAUGGGACCUCUCCGAUAUGACUAUUCAGGCACAAUGGUGUACCUGAGCAACAGAAGCUAUGCAGGCAUAGUUCAGUAUCUACCAGCAGACCCAGUGCUCUCCAACCCUAGAGACAGAACGCGUUGCCUCUCAGGGUGCAGUGUGUGCUCCAGAAGCACAGAAAGACUUUUCCCCAGCUCUUCAGAUUCAGGCUCCCUGUACAGUUCCCACUUCAGCCAGUUCAGUAGUGACUCAGAAGGUGAGUGGGUGACUGUGGAGGGCAGGUUCAGGUGUGUGUCUCUCACUUGUAUGUCCAGCUCGUGUCCCAAGAGUCCUCUGGGCCUCUCUCCCUCUGCCCACCUGGCAGACGGAACAGGGGACCUCAUCCUGGUAUGGGACACAAACCCUCUUGGAUUCCUCAAAUUCCUCUACAGGCACACGAGCACACAGGACCAGUUUGACCUGCCAUUUGUGGAGGUCCACCGUGUGAAGGCCGUCCGUUUCUCUAUCCCCUCUGGCAAAGAGGAGGAAGGAUAUGAAGAGAUUGGAGGGACGAGUGUUGGCCUAGAUGACGAAGACUGUGUCGAGACUGUAAGCAGGAGUGGAUCUCAACAGCACCUGGCACAGAGAGGCACAAGGCGAGAGAUAACAAACGAGCAGAAAACCACCUCCUUCCUGUGUGGUCUGUGCUGCAGCAAAGCUCCUGCAGUGUCGGUGUGGAACUGUGACGGAGAGAUUCUGACUUUAACCGAGGUCCUCUGCAGGAUUCAUGGCCAGUUGGUGCGUCUGUAUGCCAGGGGCAUCGAGGAUGGUGCAGUCGUGCACAACAGUGAUGAGGCAAAUGAGAGAGAGAGGACAUCCUACACAAAUAGUCGUCCCUAAAUUGUGGAUGACUAGAGAAAAGUGAUGAUCGGAAUGUUUGUAAGACAAGGCAAAUUUGCACAUUUAUGGAAAGAAAAGCUAGCCGGCCUUGCUGUCUGUCAGGGCCAAAAAGACCAAUAUUUCAGGCACUUUGACAAGUUUUCUCAUUGCAAUAAUGAAAAUAAAACUAUUUAAUACUAAAGGAGUAUGUGUUUGUUGAAUACUGCUCCUAAAAACAAUAUGAAAAACUUGUUCAAUUAUACACUUACCGUUAAUGCAUUCUUUUCUGCACAAACAACUUGUAUACAGGGUUUGUAUGUAGUUUUUGGUCUGCACAUUUUUAUUUAAUUUCACUUGAGCUCCCAGGGAAUGAAAUAAUGGGGAAUGUCAACAGAAGUGAAAAGAAAAAAGAAUUGCAUCUUAAUGCAAUAAAAAUACACUCUUUACAAACAAUCUGUGAACAUUCUUCAAAAAACAAGGAGCUACCAUCAUUCAAAAGAGUAAUUUAUUGACCUUCGACAGUUUUCUUUGUUUUGCAGAUAUUUACCUGGUGUAUAAGUGAAUUCAUGACAUUGUACCACUAGCACUUAAAAAAUGUGUCAUUCUGCAGGGACAAUGCUAGGUAGACCAGCGGACCGGUCAGAGGUAACUGCUCGGCUAAAUUUAUGAAAACAGGUUUUGCACAAUCAGCAUUUUCAGACAGAGCAGAUAA